AGAGAGCACUGGGAGCGCCACUCUGAGAUGUCCUCAAACUGAAGACGCAGGUUGGUGGGGAUGAAGAGAAAAGUUAAACCCAGAAGCACAGGCCAGGAAGGGGCAUGUCGGUUCAAGUUAUCUGUGCUCUUAGAAACGAUUAAAUAUUUAUUUAGGUUCUUGCACUUCAAAGGGCGAAAUUCAGAGCAAGGAGAGGUAGGCGGGGUCUGUGAGGAGGACUAACUCAUUUAGGGAAAAUCGCCCAGAGCCCUGCAGGUUAGUGAAUGUGAACUGUUUAUUCACAUUCCUGCCACGAUGGCCUGCCUUCUGCAAGCGUUUCGGAGUCUUUCUGCAGGGAUUGUCCUGUCCGUGCUUUGGGGCGUGGCUCUAGGUGACAAGGUGCUGGUGGUGCCGCAGGAGGGAAGCCACUGGCUCAGUAUGAAGGACAUCGUGGAGCUUCUCAGCCACAGGGGACAUGAGGUCGUAGUGCUGGUGCCAGAAGUCAAUCUGCUUCUGAAAGAAUCCCAAUUCUACACAAGGAAAGUCUACCGGGUGCCCUACGACCAGGAAGAGCUGCAGACCCGUUUCCUCUCCUUCGGAAAUCAGCACUUUGCGGAGAGAUGGUACCUGACCGCCGCCCUGACCGAGUACAGGAAUAACAUGAUUGUCGUUGACAUGUUCUUCGUGAACUGCCAGAGUCUUCUGAAGGACUCCGCCACCCUGAGUUUCCUCAGGGAGAGCAAGUUCGAUGUCGUUUUCACAGAUCCGGCCUUGCCCUGUGGGGUGAUCCUGGCCGAGUACCUGGGCCUGCCCUCCGUGUACCUCUUCAGGGGCUUCCCGUGUUCCCUGGAGCAUGCGUUCAGCAGAAGCCCAAGCCCCGUGUCCUACGUUCCCAGGUGCUACACCCAGUUCUCAGAACGGAUGACUUUCUCCCAACGGGUGGCCAACUUCCUCGUCAGUUACUUGGAGAACUUUCUAUUUUACUGUCUGUAUUCAAAAUACGAAGACCUCGCCUCGAAUCUCCUCAAGAGAGAGGUGCACUUACCCACCUUGUAUCAGAAGGGCUCCAUCUGGCUGUUAAGAUAUGACUUUGUGUUCGAGUAUCCCAGACCCGUCCUGCCCAGCAUGGUCUUCAUUGGAGGGUGCAACUGUAAGAAGCUGGGAGUCCUGUCUCAGGAAUUUGACGCGUAUGUUAACGCUUCCGGAGAACAUGGAGUUGUGGUUUUCUCUUUGGGCUCGAUGGUCUCAGAGAUUCCGGAGAAGAAAGCCAUGGAAAUUGCUGACGCUUUGGGCAAAAUACCUCAGACGGUCCUGUGGCGGUACACGGGGACUCCACCAUCAAAUCUUGCGAAGAAUACAAUCCUUGUCAAGUGGCUGCCCCAAAAUGAUCUGCUCGGUCACCCGAAGACUCGUGCCUUUAUCACCCAUUCUGGCUCCCAUGGCAUUUAUGAGGGAAUAUGCAAUGGCGUUCCGAUGGUGAUGCUACCCUUGUUUGGUGACCAGAUGGACAAUGCAAAGCGCAUGGAGUCCCGGGGAGCGGGUGUGACCUUGAAUGUCCUGGAAAUGACCUCUGAAGAUUUAGCAAAUGCCCUCAAAACUGUCAUCAAUGACAAAAGCUAUAAGGAAAACAUCAUGCGUCUCUCCAGCCUUCACAAGGACCGCCCCAUCGAGCCGUUGGACCUGGCUGUGUUCUGGGUGGAAUUCGUGAUGAGACAUAAGGGGGCGCCACAUCUGCGCCCCGCUGCCCACGACCUCACCUGGUACCAGUACCACUCUUUGGACGUCAUUGGCUUCCUCUUGGCCAUCGUUCUGGGAGUCGCCUUCAUUGUCUAUAAAUGUUGUGCCUUCGGCUACCGGAAAUGCUGUGGGAAAAAAGGGCGAGUUAAGAAAGCUCAGAAAUCCAAGGCACACUGAGAAGUGGGUGACCCAAACUUGCAAACAGAUUCAGUGUUAAAUUCAUGUUAUGCUUAUUGAAGAGAUACUUUGCCAUACGUGAGACACCCCAGAGUGCAAUUUAAAAAUAAAAAUAAUUUAAUUGCUAGUCAGUCAACUUGGUAAAAAUAUGUGAAUGUUUUCUGCCCCUUCCAGUACCUUUAAUCUGGACUGCACUUGCCAUCUUUCAAAUGACUUGCCAAGAGGGUUGGACAGGUCCCUCCUUCACGCUGCAUUACUUCUCUUAGAAAUGGCAUCUUUUGGAAGCCACAGCUGCCUCCACCUUGGAUAACGGUUCUAACAUCAUCUGGCUCCUAACAGGAUUUAUGGCCAGGCUGUUGUGAUCAAUUCCUUCAGUAAUAAUGGCAGGUCCUGAUUAAAGUUCAUGUUUCACAGAUGUCACUUUGUGUAUUUAAAUAAGGAAACAUUUAUUUUUUUAGGGAAUAGUGCCUUAUACUUGGAAUGAAUGAAUGACAGAGUCCUUGGAGAACCGUGUGUGAUUUUUUUCCUUUGGUGGGAGGAAAGAAUGAUGCAUAAUUGAUGGGUGGUGUGUUUGAGAGGAUAAUCAUUGCUUGUGUCAAAUGGAUCUGAAUUUGGUAAAAACUCAAAGUAUAGUGUCUGGCAAGUAUAUUUUUC